AUGGCGCCUGCAGCUACUUCGACUCUCCCAACAGCCCCCCACAACCUGACAGGUCCUGUCGACAUUAACCUGUUCCCCGAUGGACUGAAGACAACCGGCCAGCAUAAUCCUCUUUACGAUCACAUUGUUCCCUUUGAAAAGUUCCCCAAGAAGAUCACCGGUCCCACAGUCUGGGACCCCGAAGAGUACCGCUCCAACCCAGAGAAAUGGACGCACGUAUUCACCGAUGAUCAAAUCGCCGAGCUCAGCACUGCUGCUGAUGCCUUCCUCGAGUCCAAGACUCCACUGACCGGAAUCUCCAAGAAAAACUUCAUCCUCCCCAACCUCGCCAGCUAUCUGCACACUCUACGCGCCGAUCUCAUUGACGGAAAAGGCUUCAUCCUGUUCAAGGGUUUCCCCGUUGAGAAAUGGGGAAACCACAAAUCCGCCGUCGCCUACAUGGGCCUCGGAACCUACCUAGGCUACUUCGUCAGCCAGAACAGCCGUGGCCACGUUCUGGGACAUGUCAAGGACCUUGGCGAGGACUCGACCCAGAUCGACAAGGUUCGCAUCUACCGAACCAACGCCCGUCAAUUCUUCCACGCCGAUGACUCCGACAUCGUCGGUCUGCUCUGUAUCACCAAGGCCCUCGAGGGAGGCGAGUCAGACCUCGUCUCCUCCCACAACGUCUACAACACCCUUGCUGUGGAACGUCCUGAUAUCCUGAAGACUCUCACAGAACCGAUCUGGUAUUUCGACCGCAAGGGCGAGACAAGCAAGAACCAGGAAGAAUUCAUCCGCACAGCCGUUGUAUACCUCGAACGUGGCGAGAAUGGCCGUGUAUACACCAAGUGGGACCCCUACUACGUCCGCUCUCUGGGCCGCUUCAGCGAUGCUGGAAUCAUUCCUCCCCUGAGCGAAGCCCAGACGGAGGCUCUGCACGUGCUGGAACAGACUUGCCAGCGUUUGUCGCUGCACAUGAUUCUUGAUAUUGGUGACAUUCAGUUCCUGUCAAAUGCGCAUAUUCUGCACGCUCGCACAGCGUACAAGGACCAUGCCCCCCCUCUGCCUCGUCGUCACUUGAUGCGUCUCUGGCUGGCUACGCCUGAGCACGAGGGUGGUUGGAAGUUGCCGUUCUGGGAUAGCAAUGAGAAGAAGCGAGGAGGGAUUCAGGUUGAUGAUCAAAUCCCUGUUGCGCUUUUGGACGCGGAAUAA